UGAUUUUUUUUUACGGGGAAUUUGUUAACAUUGAAAAGUUAAACUGAAAUACAGUUAUUGAAAAUCUGAUCACUUUCAAAUAACAAUGUGAAUUUUACAACAUCAAAUUGACAGUGCCGUUUUUAAUUCAAAUCCUGGCUGCACAUAUUUACUUCCAAAAAUUUGAAGGUGAGAUCAAAAAGACUCAACAAAAAGCAGGAAGGUGACAAAACCAAAGGAACUGGUCCAAGGAAAGAACAGAAGCCAUCUCUCCCUCCCCAUCACUGUUGUUGUACCUUUUGGACACAAUCAAUAGGGGGCAGCAAAAUAUCAUUCCGCACGCAGGAUGCGAGUCAACCUCAGCGAAGAAGAUGCAGACGGCGGAAACAUGGCGUCCGCUGUGUUUGGGAUCAUGGGACUGUUACAUUAACGCGCAUCCCAGCGAGAAGACGAGAAAAGCGGCGGCGCCGUGCUGACGGCUGACCGAGAGGACGAGGACCGGGCCCGGAGCGAUGGAGUACAGCGUGGCGCGGAGGGUACCGUGCCCGCCGCCGAGGAGGAUGUCCUCGGAAUUCGGCGGAGCGAGAAGUGUUAGCUUGCAAGAUGGCGAGGGCGGGAGUUCGCUCCUUCCUACCCUUGGAGAGGCUCUUCCAGGUGGUCACCGUGGCCCGGGAGCACCGGCGCCUGCCCGGAGGUCGUCGCUGGUCGUCCACCAGAGGCACAUGCCGAAGGAGCCCGCGAAGUUUCACAUCCCCAGGAAGGAAAAGAAAGCUCUGCUGAAGCCCAUCUCCAGCGAGUCCCGGGAGUACGAGGGCGUGAUGAGCAUCCUGACGGCCAGCUACGUGGACGCGGCCUCGGCCGGCUGCUUCACGUACAGCUGCCCCCGGCUGGUCCACAGCGAGCAGCUGGAGAAAGAGUUUGUGGAGAAGAGGAGGGAGAUGAAGGCGGAGGGCAGGACGGAAAAAGAGCUGGAGGAGAGUCACUGCUUCCUCUUGACCGAAGAUGCCAAGGUGCCGUGGCUGUGCGAGAAAGGCCUGAUUGUGGGUCAGAACUGGCAAUCGGCACUGGGAGACCCUCAUAAAGGAGUGUAUUUGUGCAGGUAUUCAGACUUACUGCAGAUUCAUCCCUUCCACCACGGCGCCUCCGGCGAGAUCAUCAUCUUCAAAGUCAUGAAGGGCAAAGUGAAGAGCAUCUACGAGAACAUCAAGAACGUGCUGGACCCGACGCCGCGCUUCGACAGCCACCUCUCCAAGAACGUCAGCAAGAUCACGUCGGUCGCCUCGUUCCGAGCCUUCGAGCACACCCAGCAUUACUUUUACGAGUAUGCUUUCGACGAGCUGCGGAAGCGCCCCCGCCAAGUGUGCCCGUUUGCCGUGGUCUCCUUCCACUACAAAGGCAAAGAUUCGUCGCUUCCCAGCAUGCCUUUGGCGCCCGUCAGGUUGAACAGUUGGCCGGGAGAGACGGGUAAAGAGCAAGCGCACUACACAGUGUGGAGCGGCGACCUGGUGCACGGCAACAACAUCGUCUUCCCCUUGUCGCUGCGCUCCUCGUCGCUGCCCUUCCUCCCGCACAAACUGCCCGACAGGCUGGAGAUGGGACGUUUGAUGCGGCUGGAGACGGUGACCAAGCUGCUCCCGCCCGAGCUCUUUUCCCACAACCUCUACGGCUGCAGCAAGGAAGUUGCGACGCGGGGCCAUCACUGCAGCCUGCUGGAGGCGGUGGACAGAAGUCGCGCGACCGGCACCAUCAGCAGGUUGCUGCAGGAGUUGGAGAACAAGAACGUGGUUCUGGUGUGUGCACUGACUGAGCGAGGCUUCCUCUUCCUGCUGUCCAGUGCCCAGAUGGCCACACCCCCUGAGAGAGGGGAGAGUUGGAAGAGAUGCCUCCAGGCCUUGUUCGUCUUCCCCGAGAGCAGAGAUGUGGACAAAUCAACAUCCAGUUGUGCCUCUUCCCGUGGCAGUGUUGACGGGGUGGUGGUGAUGGAAGGACUGAAGCACUUUAUUCCGGCGCUCCAUCACGCCCUCCUCAAAAGCCACGCCAAUCCCGCCUCAGAGCUCUCUACCGGCGUGGAGCUCCAAGCGCAAGAGUACCUGGCCGGCCAGAAGGAGGGCAAGGUGCGACCGCACGACAUGGGCAAGUACGACGUGAAAGAGGACACGACGGCCACCCCCUGCCAGGUGCCCAAACGGCAUCAGGUCAACGUGGACGGCUCGCUGCGCUCGUACCUUCACAAUCCGGCUCGCCACCAGCUGUCUGUGUCACACGCCAGGAAGAUGGUGGAGCUGCACUGCGGACACUUGGAGCCUCAGGUGGUCCGACCACCCAGGAAGGCACAAGAGGCGCCCAGCAGUAGCAACACGCACAAGAUGCAGCAGCUGAUGGACUUGGUGAUGACCUGCAAGCGGAACGCCGAGAACGAGGUGAGGAGAGAGGAGGCGCGAGGAGGAGAAGCCAGGACGCCAUCAAGGAAAAGAAGAAUGGAGCAGAGGGCGGCCGAGCGGGCCCUCAAGUACUUGAAGGCCUCGCAGGAGCCGUCAGAAUGGGACAAGAGUCCGGUGGAAGGCGGUCGAUCCACGGCUCUCCCCGGCUCUCUGGCCUCGGCCAUUCAGUCGGUGGGUCUGGUGGGCGUGGCCGUGCACGAAGACGGAUCGGAGCUCGCCGGCAGACUUCACAAAGUGCUGACAGGCCUCAAGCAGGCGGCCAGAGGAGAGCCGCAAAGAAGCCACAGCUGCGGCGAGGCUGGCGAGGACGCCCACGCCGAGUCGUCCCCGUUCGAGCGGCUGGCCGCCAAAUUGGGGCUGCCCGCCAACCGGGACAUCGAUCUGAGGAAGCAGGACGAGCUGGAGGAGCAGACGGCGGGCAGCGUCAGCAGCCUGGAGGGAUUCAGUCCCAUCGGCGAGAGUUACCACCUCGACCCGCGAGUAGGAGGAGGCGGCGCGGGGAGGAGAGUGUACGACGACGGGGAUGGGGACAUACCCUGGAGGCUCAUCCGAAUCACAGGUCUGCGUUCCGAGAGGUACUCGCGUAGGGAGCGCGACCUGCCCCGGGACCCUCGCUUCCAUCACGUCUCCAUGGCGACCUUGCGAGACCACGACCCCGGCACCAGCCCCGCCUUGUCCCCCGGGGCCAGCCCCUCUUUCUGUCCCUCGCCCGAGUCCAGCCCCCCUCCCUCGCCCGCUCCGAGCCCCGCUGCCUCGCCUUCGAGGUGCCCGUCCCCUGAGCCCAAGCCCUCCCCCGAGCUCUGUCGUCUAGCGCCCCCGCCGGAUGCCUGGCGUCCUCCCUCUCCCGCGGGGUGCCCGCCCCCUCAAUCGUCACCCUCCCAGUGCAAGUCCCCGCCACUUAAUGAGCAAAGAAACCCUGCGGAGCGGCAGCAGCAGCUUGCUCCCCUCGCCUCCAGGGACUGCGCAGGAAUCGCCGUGCAUACAAAAAGUGACGCUGAAGACAGAAAAAGUCAGGACUCGUCCGUGCUCGCCGUGGCGAGCACCGCGCCGUCCAUCCUGGUUGAGGGCAGGGGAGAAAUUGUGGAGGUGAAGGAGGAGAAAGCGGUGGAGAUGGCGGCAAUGGAGAAGAAAGCGGUGGAGGUGAAGGCAAUGGAGGUGGUUGACCUAACGGUGUCUUCAGAGGACGACGACUGCACCGUCCUUACCGCCUCCUUGACGAGGCCCCAGCCGCCGCUCCAAGGCAUCGACUGCAUCCUGCACAAACACCUCAACCACUUCUCGUCUGACCUGCACCACCUCUUGCGGGAGGAGCACAUCCAGUGCAGCCUCCCCGGAGACCCCCCUUGCCGUCCUUGUGGCCCGCUGAGUUCCGGUCCCCCGGUGGUAGUGCCCUUUUCCCACUACGUGUCCCUGCACCACCCGUGUCCGCCGGUCGAGGGCUACGUGCGCUCGCUCCGGGAUGACAUGAGCAGCAUGUUGCCGGAUUACAGCAGCAGCCGGGCAGGCGACGAUCGCGAGGCGGCGCUCGCCAGCACGGUCAGCGCCUUUGUGUCCAGCAUCAGAGCUGGAAUGGGCGAGGACGGAUCAAAAAGUGACGAGACGACGAGGGAAAUCGAACCACGGAAGCAAAUGGCACCCGGCAAACAAUUUUCAGACCCACCGCCUGACGCCACACUUCAAACCGCACCAGUCAACAUGCACGCCGGUCGCCAACCGGCCGCCCCUCACUCCACGCAGUCCGAAGGUGUCUCCACAUCCUGCCCGCCGUCCAGCUCGGACCACCACUCCCUCCCUCCGUCCGUCGCCCUCAACUGCGUCAUCCAGCAGCUGAGGCCCGAAGUGCUCAGCAACCUGUGCGACAUCAUCAAGGACGUGCAGAGAAGCGCCAUGGUGCCGUUCUACGUGCACAGCGACCAACCGGCGGACCCCCUGCUCAGGGAUGUCAAGGAGUACCUCACACAGCAGGGUCACACGGAGCAGGAUCCCGUUUCCUUCUUGAAACAAGACCUCGCCGAUCGCGAACUUCUGGUCAUCAUCAAGAACAAAGACAUCGUGGAGCACAUUCAUGAGAUUCCUGGUUUGGUGUCGCUCAAGCAGCACCGGUCGGUGUGCUUCUUGGGCAUCGACGGCUUGGACGACCUCAAGACCAACACGUACGAACAGUUGUUUACGUGCGGCGGCUGCGUCCUGUCCGACAACCUCGUCUUCAAUCCCGACCUCGUCACUCCCGUUCAACUAGAGGCCCUGCUGUCACUCUUGGAACAGCGGAACUCUCCGGAAAGUGUUUGGAAGUGGAAGGUUCACAGCAAACCCCUCAAGAAGCUGAGAGAGCAGGCCAAGUUUCGGAGAGAUGCCGCUAGUCUGCUGGACGUCAUCGUCAAGUACCACCAGCAGCAGGUCAUCGAGGUCCUGGCACCGCAUCACUGCGACAACAGCGUCCAGCCAUCACCCGACUUGGACUGCCUGAUACAACAUCAGGCCCUCAACACCCGCUUCAGGCACACAAUUUUCCUCAGAGUGCAUUGCUUGGACUUCAUGCGCUACUCCAAGAGCGGCAUCAUCGCAGCUGGCGUGGACGAGAUGCUGCACAAUUUCGACGCACUCCUUGGUCGCUGCAACGAGGCGGACAAGCAGACCAUUGCGGAGGACAUGCAGACGCCCAAAGGUGCCGUCUUGUUUUCUGACGUUACCCAGAAUUCAACUCCGCCUUCAGGCGUCGCCAGCCAGCAAAGUGUCGACGACAACGACGGAAACGACGGCAGCGCAGAGCCGCGGGCCCGUCGCCCCGACGUGAGCCUCCCGGCCCCUGCCUCGGACUCGCUGCUUCCGGAAACUUCCCUCGAGGAAGGUGACCCACACGGCACUGACAAAGACUUUCACAUUCUGCACAUGGCCAUCUCGCAGCUGCGAGCGGAGAUGCACAGUAAGCAGGAUCCCGACACCCAAAGCGAAACCUCGCCGGCGGGGGCCGAGGCGCCGCCGGCCAACGAAAAGACAGAGCCGGACUCGACCGAUGACCGGAAAGAGGAGGCGGAGCUUCCAAGUUCAAUAGCGGCAGAUGACAGCGUCUCCUCCAGUUCCACUCCCUGUCCAGUAGGAGGCGAGCCAUCCAGACCCAAAGAGUGUGAUCAGCACCGGUCGCAGAAGCGAGCCACCGAGGAGCACCCUCACCAGAGCCCGUCCCAGGCCCCGUCAGCCUUCAGCCGGCAACAGUACCAGCGGCAGCAGCGCUGGAGGGGGGCCCACUACAACCACCACCAGUACCACAAUCACCAGCACACUCAACGUCACAAUUUUACCUCGGACCCGCACAGGAACCGACCGUGGGGGGGCUUUCCGGGAAAACAGGCGGGACGAGGCUUUUCGAGGGGGUAUGGCGGCGGGUACUGGGGUUGGCAGUGAAGGUGACCCCCGGAAACUGAAUUCCAUAGCCGCAGCACUUGUGACAAUUUGCUAAUCAGACAGGCGUGUUGACCUAUUCAGCCUGCAGGGGGCGCUGGAAUGAGACACUCAGGUUGCUCAAGUGGAUCUUAAAGCUGUUCUUUUAAGUGGAAAGGUCUGGGACGGGGGGAGGGUUCUCUGACCCCCACCCUGCAUUUUGAGAGAUCACUUUUUUCAUUCAUUGUUUCAAGAAAAAUUUGAACGUUGCUAACACAGAGGUGCACAUUUCUUCCCUAAAAACCCAAAACUUUCUAAUGUGGAAAGGUUGGACGGACCUUGUUAUACGGUAUAUCGUUUAAAAAAUACUUUCCCCGAAAGAGGUUUUGUUGAAAGUGAUUUUAACU